CGGAGCGGAGCGCGAGAGCGCGUUUCCGGUCCGCCGGGGAACCGGAGCGCAGAGACUGAGAGCAGCUGCCCUGCGCACAUCCACAUCCAGCGGCGCUCUUUGUAUCCAACACAUCGGCACGAACGCGGCCCGUACAGCACGGCGACAAGCUCCUGCGGAAAGCAGGUUUGCUUUUCAUUAGUGCUGUGUGGUCAUAAUGCUGACAGAGAAUGGACGCCCCUGAAUAUCUGGAUCUGGAUGAGAUCGACUUCACUGAUGACCUAGCUUAUUCUGUGACAUCUUUGAAGAAUAUCCCGGAACUUUGCCGAAGAAAUGAUUCCCAGGGUGAAGAGAGACAAGUUCCACCUAUGAACUGGAGUCGUGGGAUCCCCUCACACGGAGGAAAUGGAAUCAAACCCGCCGGUAUUGCCGACGUGCACAGCAAGUUCCGACCCGUCAAGCGGGUGUCGCCCCUCAAGCACCAGCCAGAGGUGUCGGACACCGAGGCCGACAGCAAAGGGCAGAAUGCAGAGGGCAGCAAAGGGGAGACAUCUGACAAGGCGAACGUGGCAAACGUGUCCUGCACCGACAGCCAGGGCUUCAAAGGCAAGGGUGGCGGUCCACUGUUUGGGGAGCUGGAGCACUAUGACCUGGACAUGGACGAGAUCCUGGACGUGCCUUAUAUCAAGUCCAGCCAGCAGAUGGCCACGCUGCCCCGGGUGGCAGCUGAGAAGAAGCCGCUGGGCAGCGGCGCUGGCGACCGGGGCCAUGUCGCAAAGACCACCACCCUGCCCCAUUCAGAGACGCUGGGCGCCAUGACACAGUAUUGCGUGCUCUCCCCUGUGAAGGGUCCCGAGGUGCGCAAGUCCAAGUCCGUGGAGUCCGAAUUCAUUCGGCAGCCCGGCGGGGGCCACGGACACGUCCAGAGCGGCCUGGGCUGCUCCGCAGCUUCCGAGGCAGAGAAGCUCCUGCCCAGCAGGACGUUCCAGGAGCCCAGGGUUCACAAGGCGGGAGUCGGGAUCCCUGGGGGUCAGCCUCCCAUGUUCCCGGUUCCAGGUUGUACCGGGGCAGCAUGGAGCAGCCCCAGGGCACAUGGCGAGUGCGAUGAGGAUGCAAAGAAGGCUCAGAAUAUCAUCAACAUCAUCCGCGGGGGGCAAAUAUCUCUGCUGCCUCAUCUGGCCGCGGACAACUUGGAGCUCAUCCGAGACGAGGAGGGUAACAACCUGCUGCAUAUCUCGGCUUCGCAAGGACAUGCCGAAUGCCUGCAGCAUCUCACCUCCCUCAUGGGAGAGGACUGUCUGAACGAGCGCAACAGUGAGCAGCUCUCCCCGGCCGGCCUGGCCAUCAAGAACGGACACCUGGAGUGCGUGCGCUGGAUGGUGAGCGAGACGGAGGCCAUUGCGGAGCUCAGCUGCACGCGAGACCACCCCAGUCUGAUCCACUACGCCGCGCGAUACGGCCAGGAGAAGAUCCUGCUGUGGCUGCUGCAGUUCAUGCAGGAACAGGCCAUCUCCCUGGACGAGCUGGAUGGCCAGGGGAACAGUGCCGUACACGUGGCCGCUCAGCACGGACACUUGGGCUGCAUUCAGACCCUGGUGGAGUACGGCUCCAACGUCACCGUGCAGAACCAGCAAGGGGACCGGCCUUCCCAGACUGCCGAGCGGCACGGCCACACCACCUGCUCGCGAUACCUGGUUGUGGUGGAAACCUGCAUGUCGCUGGCCUCCCAGGUGGUCAAGCUGACCAAGCAGCUUAAUGAGCAGACUGCUGAGAGGAUGACCCUGCAGAACCAGAUGCAGCAGCUCCUGGAAUCGCCGCACCUGGAUGGCUCGCCGUCUCUGUCACCCAGCUCCUUUGUCCCACCUUUGGGGUCGUGGCCUGAGAUGACCUUGACGGUGGAGGCAGCGGCCGGCGAUGGGCAGUGGGUGCUGCGGCAGCGGGACGUGGACACGGACGCGGUGCUGCGGCAGCUGCUGGGCAAGGAGAUAGCGGAGAAGGUGUGUACCCAGGAGAGGCUGUCGCUGGAGUUCCGCGACGGAUCCCGGGAGGCGGCGCGGAGGCCGGGGGCGGCGCUGACGGGCCGCCGCGAACUCAAGUUGGCCAGGCUGAAGCAGCUCAUGCAGCGGUCGCUCAGCGAGUCGGACUCCGACGCUUACCCGGGCGAAGAGCAGAAGCAUUCCGGCGCCGUCGGCCGACCCGACAGGCCUCGGCAGCUGGCCGUCGCGGACGGCGAGGAGCAAUCCGCCGGCUCGCACCCGCCGGCCAGGAGGCACGGCGCAGCCGCCGAGCGCAAGUUCUCCUUCGCCCACGGCACCUCGAAGUCCGUGGACGGGUACAACCCCUCUCCAACCUCAGACGGCAGCGAUCACGACCACGAGCCGAAAUCGGAAACGCCGGGCGACGGGCAAAAGGUGACUACGAGCCCCAAGAGCGCCCUCAAGUCGCCGUCUUCCAGGAGGAAGACCUCCCAGAACCUCAAACUCAGGGUGACGUUUGACGAGCCGGUCGUUCACAAGGAAGGCCAGGAGGGAGAGGCUAAGGGCGCGCAUGGCAAGGACGCCGAGAAAGGAGGGGCGAGGACUUCGGCGGGAUCCGAGUCCGGGGAAAUGUGGAAGCGGCCUUUCGGAACCUUCCGCUCCAUUAUGGAGUCGUUGGGCGGGAACCAGAACAGCAACAACAGCAAUCAGCAGACCGCUUCGGCGGCCAAGCAGUGCGUCUCCGGCGCGUCGCACGGCUCGCCCGGCAGGAAAACGUGGGACGCUAAAUCGAGCCCCGCCGGCCCGUCCAAAUCCAAGGGCAAGGCGAGUGCCGUGUAGUAAGUGCCUUCGGUGAACGCGCGGUUCACCCGACGAGCAACCUGCUCUUACCCUGAUCUUACCCUAAUCUUACUUCACAAGUGUGAGAUUUUUUUCAGGCCUGAAAGCAGGAUAUUUCCCCUCCCGUAAGUGGCGGGUUCUGGAGGGAACGACUUCAACCAGCUCUUCAUUCACUGAAACCGAACGACUUUCCGCUGACGCAAAAGACGAGACGGAUUGCUCCGGGGAUUCUCCUUUUUUUUUUUUCUUUUUAUUUUUAUUUUAAGUAAACGUAAAAGCAGACGGAGCACUUGGUGUUCGUACACUUGUACCACUGUACCGGAGCCAGUGUAUAUAGAAUUACUCCACUAUUAACCAAGACUGCAAUAUCUACUGUUAGUUUUGAUCCAAAUGUCUUUUAACAUUUUGGAGAUCAGUAAUUUUAGUUAUGAAAUAAACUUGUAUAUUUUUGUUUGGACUUUUUACAUGUACCUUUGGCCAAUCAGACCAAUGCAGUGUAUACUGUAAAUAUUUAAAAAAAAAAAAGAAAAAACUAAAAAGCAACACUUGCUGAUGUUUUCCAUGUUGGAAUUGUUCCACUUUGGAUCAUUUAAGUUCUUUUUUUUUGGUCUGGAAUCACAACACCUGUAUUCUAACAACAGCAGUGUUAAGGGCAGUUUUAUGGCAAUGCUGUUACUUAUUUUGUUUAUGAUUAUUGUUCUUAUUACAGUUAUGAAAAGGUGGGUAAACAAAGCAUGACAUGGGAGAAGCAUGAAUUAAAGUACUGUUUUUCAUUACUACAGCAGUCGGGGAGGUGGGUGCCUCAUUGUGAAGGCUGCUAUUUUUUUAUUUACAUUUAUUUACUUAGCAGAUGCUUUUCUCCAAGCGACUUCCAAUGAA